UGGAGAGGGAGAGCUGCCAUUAAUCUCACCAGCUGUCUGCAGCUUCCAAAUCCAGACUGCGCUGGGCAACAGUGUGGAGCACAGGGCUGCACCUGACCCGCAGAGGGCUCAAGUGUGCCGAGGAACAGGGGUGGGGUGGGGGGGGGGGGGGGAUUUUCGCCUGGAUAACGACGUUCAGGAAGCUGCUGUCCCCAGCGCGUCCCGUCAGCGUGAGAGAUCAGCAGAAAGUCACUCACUCCACCACACGGCCUCUCGAAUCCACUCCCUCCACCGCCGUCUCAGCUAACCCGCAGAGAGAAAGUUUUAUUCCAGGGGAGACCCACAGAUCUCGAGGACGCAACCUCCGGGAUACAGAGCAAGGAGACCCAGGGGUGUGUGGAGUCGAGGCUGGGUGAGUGGGGAGGAUGAGUGUCGAGCCAGCAGGUGCUGUCGGACCCUGAGGCAGGAGGAACAGCGGAGGAGAAGAGGAGGAUCGAGGGAGUGCCUGGAACCACAGCUUUGGGAUCGUCCUGCCUCUCCCGGGAUUUAUCCCAGGGCUGAACCAGAAUGGCCCUACAGGGGAGGAGGAAGGAGAAGGGGGUCGCCGAGUACGACACACAACUGAAAGAGAUCCGCGGACAGCUACUGGACCAGUUGAAGUGUCUGGAUGCACAAGUGGAAUCCCGAGGUCAAUGCCUUCAGGACAUGUCCGAGUUCUUCCGCAGGAAAGCGGAGAUUGAGCUUGAAUAUUCCCGGGGGCUGGAAAAGCUCGCAGACCGAUUCUCCUCAAAGAUCCGCGGUGCCAAGGAUCACCAGGGAUUUCGGAAGGAGCAGGUGGUCCUGUCCUCGGUCCACUGCUGGUCCCAGAUCCUGAGCCAGACCCGGCAGCAGAGCCGGGACCACGGCGCUCUGCACGAGAUCCUGGCCAACCACCUGACCCUGCAGCUGGCGCAUAUCAGCGAGGACAUCACCCGCCUCGCCCGCAAGAGCAGGGAGAUCGGGCAGCUCAUGCAAGAGGAGCUGCUGAAGGGCACGGAGGAGCUGCAGACCGAUGUGAAGACCUACCACACGUACCACACGGAGUGCGUGGCAGCGGAGAGCAAGCUGAAGGAGAUUGAGAAGUCGGAGGAGAAGCAGAUGGGGAAAUCGGCAGAUAAGGGCUCCGGUCCGGCUGGGCUGGACGGAAAGGGUGAGAGAAGGAACGUCAACCGCAAGCUGGAGAAGAUGAAGGAGAAGUGGCAGGAGCGCUUCCUGGAGAGCAAGCUGAAGAGCACCAAGGCCCGGAAUGAUUACCUGCUGAACCUGUCAGGGGUCAAUGCCAUGCUGACCGCCUACUUCACCCACAACGUCUCCCAGUUCAUUGACUGCUGGGACUUGGGAUUCCACACGUCACUGGCACACACACUGAAGAUGUACACCUCGGCCGAGUCCCAUGUGGAGAGCUCCUGGCGUCAAGGCCUGAACACCAUUGACAUUGCCAUUAACAGCCUGGAUCCGCAGGGCGACAAGACCAAGAUCAUGGACACCAGCCACAACGCCUUCUGCCUGCCCAAUGUGUUUGAGUUCCUCCCACACGACCAGGACAAGGUGCGAGAGGUAAAGACUACAUCCGCCGUCUACCAGGAGCUCAAUGCUCGCUUCCAGAACCUCGAAGAAAAGCUAGCCACUGCUAGGCUGGAGACAGAAGAGAUUAAGAAGACGCUCAGGGCCACCCUGAAGGCCCUGCAAACCCAGAGCUCAGCCGACGACUUCAACAUCUCCGAGGCCUUCCAGCGCAGCCAGUCCAUGGAGUCGGUGAAGUUCGCCGGCACCGACCCCGGCUUCAAGGCCAACGUCAGCCGGCGCCGAGCCAACCAGCAGGAGACGGAGACCUACUACAUCACCAAACUGAAGGAGUCGAUCACGGGCGAGGCCAGGAUCACCAAGCUCCAGGCCAAGUACGAGCUGCUGAAAGCAGCCAUCGACAAGGGGAUCGUGGACGAUGACACCACGUGCAGGUUUCAGGCGACCCUGGGCCGGUCCCAGAGGCAGAGACGCGCUCGGCCCUGCUCCCAGUACAACCAGAAGCUCUUCAAUGGAGACCUGCAGACGUUCAUCCAGAGCUCCGGACAGCCCAUCCCAUUGGUGGUGGUCAGCUGCAUCCGAUUCAUUAACCUGCACGGUCUGCACCACGAGGGGAUUUUCCGCAUUCCUGGCUCCCAAAGUGAGGUGAACGACAUCAAGAAUGCUUUCGAGAGAGGUGAGGACCCCCUGGAUUCCAUGGCCGCCCACAACAUUGACUCGGUGGCCGGAGUUCUCAAGCUCUACUUCCGGGGCCUCAGCAAGCCCAUCUUCCCCAAGGAAUCCUUCAAUGACCUCAUCGCCUGUGUGGAGAGGGAGGACGUGUUGGAGCGUGCCGGCAGGAUUAAGGAGGUGGUGGGAAUCCUGGAUCCCAUCGUCAUCGUUGUCCUGAGAUACCUGUUUGCGUUUUUGAAUCACCUGUCGCAGUUCAGCGACGAGAACAUGAUGGACCCCUACAACCUCGCUGUGUGCUUCGGACCCACCCUAGUGACGGUGCCGGAGGAUCAGGACCCCGUCUCCUGCCAGGCGCAGGUCAACGAGGCGGUGAAGACCAUCAUCGUCCACCACGACCUGAUCUUCCCCCGGCACGACCAGCUCCGCGGACCCGCCUACGAGAAGUGCAUGACCGAGGAGGGCGAUUACUGUGACGGCCUCCAGACGGAGCCAAUUAUCGAGGAGCCUGACGCCAUGUCCGAGCUGCAUGAGGAUGAACUGCAAGCGGUGGUCAGAUUUGAUUACACGCCUCGGUCUGCACAGGAGCUCUCCCUGAGGAAGGGAGACCUGGUGUUCCUGUACGAGAGGGCGUCUGAGGAUUGGUGGUCAGGACAAGUUGGAGGGGUGAAGGGUCUUGUGCCCCACAAGUACAUCGAGCUGACCGACAGUGCUGACGGACAAUCGGACACACCAGCUGAUGCUGGGCAGGAACUAACUCCCAGUGAGGAGGUGACAGAGAGAUGCAGACUGUUGAGUGACUCCGACCACGAACCUGUGCAGAGGAAGAGAAGCGGGAGCAGUCCUGUCAGGAAGAUCACCAGUCUGUUGAACGAGAGCCCGAAGCGGACUGCAGCCACCCUGUCUGCCGGACAGAAGCUGUUGCCUCUCUGGGGGGUGACACAGGAGGAGAGCAAGUCAGCCUCGAAGCCGGGGAUCCACGAGCGGAGGAACACGCUGGACUCAGUGCAGACCGCCCACAGCCCGGUGCCCUCGCGCAUGGCAGCCAUCAAAGUGGACCGUCAGUUCUCCGAGAGAACGAUCUCCGAACCGAACAAGGAAUUCAUAAAGAACAUGGACAGCGUGUUCCGCGAACUGCUGCAACAGAAGCGAGGCAAGUCGGCCUUGGAUGGAGCCGGGGACCCCGGGACCCCCUCCGGCCCCCAGCUGGCCCUGCGGAGGAGCAGCAGCGGGGCGGUGGAGAAGGCUGCCCACAAGCAGGCCUGCCCUUCCAAACCCGGCAUGAAAGCCAGGGCAGCAGCUCUCUUCAAACCGGGUGGUGGGGCCUCUGCAGACGGGACCCCCAAGGUAACCUCCUGAGGGUUGCGGGGGGGUGGCGGGGCGAGGCUCUGGGCCGCCGCCUCGAGGAGCCCGCCCUGAGGACGCCACCCUGCCUCUCGGCACCCCGAGCAUGCUUCCUGCAGCCGACCGACAGGACACCGCUCCAGGCAGGUCAGAACGUCCGGCCGCGUCACCUGCUCUUCCGUCCGACGAGAUCACGGCUGAUCCUCUUACCUCGACGCUCACUUCCCUGCACUAACCCGGUCUUCCCUCGAUUUCCCCCCUCACGCCCCAACCCCUCUCGGUCUGGCUUGUCUGCUCUCGGUGACUGACCCCUGCUUUUGGAUGGAUAACUCCCAGGGCUUACCGCCCUUCCAGCAAAGUGAUCUCCCCUCCUGAAUGACCAAGCCCUCCUUUCCGAUACCGUGUACGCCGGGCAGGGGGAAUGCCCCCUGCAUCAAGAAUGUUCUCUGUUUCAGCAAGAUCCUCUCUCAUUCUCCUAAAAAUCGAGAGAGUCACAGGCCUCAUCUGCUUACUCUCUCCUCGCUGGACUAGAGGAACGACCCUUCACCGCAUUCCCACUGUCGCAAGUCUCCCCUUCGCUGGGCAAGGAGACAGCAUUGGCACACAAUAAUCUGCAAGUGGUGUCUUGAAUUGGAGCAAGAUGCCUCAAACUCUUGUAAUUGAAUCUUCUUGCAAUAAAGGCCAACGUACUAUUUGCCUUCCUAA